AUGAAGCUCGAAGAAGCGUCCAAGAUUCUGAAGAAUGGUCAAGCCCAGGUGCAUGAGUCAACAGUAUCCUUCGAGGAUCGUGAGGGAAGCUUAGAAGCGAUUUCGGGUACUCCUCCCAAUGGAGGACGCCAUGCCUGGAUGCAGGUCAUGGGUGCCUGUGUUCUUACACAAAAUACAUGGGGUCUUGUAAUGGCUCAUGGAGCUUUCCAAGCAAGCUAUUCUCAAACUGUCCUGCCUACUACAUCGCAAUCAGCCCUUUCAUGGAUUGGCUCGGUUCAAGCAUUUUUUAUCUUCUUUGUUGGAAUUUUCUCCAGCAAGGCUGUCGGCUCUAGUCACUUCCAUCAUGUUACAGGGGCUGGAUUGAUAGUACAACUUCUAGGGCUUGUCAUGACCUCCAUUAGCACCAAGUACUACCAGUUUUUCCUGUCUGAAGGAGUGUGUGUAGGUAUUGGGUCUGGCUUGCUAUUUGCUCCUGGGAUUGCCAUUGUGGCCUCCUACUUUUCAACAAAACGUCCGUUGGCUAUUGCAGUCGCCACUUCUGGGGCGGCUAUAGGUGGUAUUGUUUUCCCAAUAGUAAGCUAUUGGCUUAUUGUUGCUGUCGGCUUUCCAUGGGCAGUGCGGAUAAUCACAUCCCUUGUGCUCUUGGCUUCGGGCUCGACUCUAUAUACUCUCCAACCAUAUCAUCCUUCAAUUCCUCAAAAAAGAGGACCAUUCAUUAGACUUGAUGGGUGCAAAGAUGCCAGUUACUGUACCUUUGUGGUUGGAGCCAUUCUAGGACUCGUUGGUGGCUUUGUCCCAUUCUUCUACAUCCCAGUAUAUGGCCUUUCGCUGGGGCUGAGGACUGAGCUGGCCAGCUACUUUGUUAGUGCAAUGAAUAUGGCAGCUUUGAUAGGAGGCUUCAGCCUAACUGUUUUAGCUUCAAGGCUUGGAAAUCUGAACACGGCCGUCUUUUUUACAAACAUCUGCGGGAUUGUCUUUAUUUCUCUAAUACUCGCGGUAGAUCCAGUGGGAGUCAUUAUAGGAUCAUUAUUCUAUGCCCUGGUAGCUGGUUAUCAGCUAGUACUCCUAUUCACAGCCAUGGCAUCCAUAACUGUCGACACCAGCCCAAGAUGUAGCCAGGGCCGGGCUGCCCUUAUCCUUGGUUCCUUUGGCGCAUUGCUCGGCACUCCUAUCGCCGGCGGCAUUUUAUCCAAGCAGGACGGCAAUGCGCAUUCCAUGGACCCUAGGGAUUGGAACUUUACCUUGACCUUACUCUUUUCCGGGGCGCUUAUUUUCCUUUGUGGUGUGUUCAUGACUGUCACUCGUGUUCUCAAAACUGGUUUCCGGUGGGAGAAAAUUUGAGGGGUGGAAGAUAGACUUGAGUGGUGUGAUUUGAUUUUUACGAGAUAUAUACCAAUGGGCUCUGUAUCAACCCUCCGCUUCGAUAUUACCAACUAUUUUUAUUCCCCUUAUUGCGCCCAGCAUACUCAUGAGUUCCAGGAUUGUUGCGUGGUUAAGCCUUGAUCAUCAUGAUAUCCCAUUUAUCAUUUUCUCUCAAGUGAAACUUUAAAACAAGCCAUUUGCCUGUGAUGAAAAAUUACCUAUUUUAUCUUUUUCUUUUAUCAUAUGUACGUAACCCAGGCCAUUUCGGGGAAGCGAAUAAACUUCUGUUCCUAACUAAACGGAAGUAGUCUGCACCUGUCCCAGCAAUCCAGUAUAUUCGUACGGUCGAUUUAAGCUAUUUUUAGCAUGAGCUAAUCCACGGUCCUAAGCAAUACAGAACCCGGUUGAACCAGGGUUGCUGUAGCCACGAGGCAUCUGUUAUCCAGGAACCAGAUUGCGUGUAUUCACACUACAUAGUUUCCACUGUUAAGGCUUCGGGAGUAUUGUUGGCAAAUGUUUGGUGAUCCGGUGGAUAUAAUUGGGUAUAAACCAUGGUAUCAACGGCUUCCCCUGAGCAGGUGAAAGUGAACCACUAGUAGUCAUUCUAAGAUACAAUAGAAGUCCAAACAAUGCCUAAGCAAGAGGUAUCUCUAGUCGUAAACUAGCCGGCCAGCACCAAGACAGCCCUCGUCAGAGUGGUAGACGUCUUCGAAUCAUCCAUGAAGCAGACUUAACGUGAGUGCAGGCCGCAUGGCUCGUCGUCCACUAUUCACGUGACAAAUGUGGCGGUGCAGGUCGCUG